UCAAAUCCUGAUCGGUAAUCUAAAAGAGGAAAUCGGCCCGCCUUUUGGGGCGGGAAGCCCAAAAUGGUAAUAUUCAGUCAGCCAGGCUCUCAUUCUUGAUAUAAGUUUGGCAGGUACUGCAGGACGCGAUUCCACAUACUUCCCUUUUGCCAAAGACUGAAGUUGUUCACAAUGAUAAUAAGUCUCUUCCGAGCAGCAUCGCCACCCCGAAAUGCCCCGACCUAUUUCGAUAUCAGGCUUGAUAAUGAUGUAAUAUGGCUCCCAGGCGACGACAUCUCAAGUGGAUAUAUUCACCUCAAUGGCAAAGUUAUACUCUGUCUCAACCAGCCGCUCUGUGUCAAAGACAUGAAGCUGCACUUCGAGGGGUGGCGAUACAUCAAAUGGGAUCCUCGCUUCCCAUACUUCGAAACCUCUCACCAAAAAGUCACCAUCUGGGACCGUCUCUUCAUGCGCCAGACGUGGAACUUUCUCCGCUUCUCACCCUCAACAUCGAAUACGCUACCACCUGGUAACCACGAGUUCCCAUUCCACUUUUGUCUGUCAAGCAAGACACCAGACUCGAUUCAGGGCCUGGACGACUGCUCUAUCAAAUAUAACUUGAAAGCACAGAUCCGUACCCUCAAGGGAACUGGCUUCGAUAUCACGAGGUCGAUCAGAGUCUGUCGGAUGUAUCGAUCGCUGUUGAUUCCAGAGCCGAAGGUCCUGCAAAAUAUCUGGCCUGACAAAAUCAUCUAUCGUGUCAGAUCCCCUUCAAGAACAUAUACCUUCGACAGCGUCAUUCCGAUCAGCUUUCACUUCGUACCGAUACGCAAAGGGCUUACGAUAUCGAGCAUCCAGAUUCAAAUCAUCGAGACACAUAAAGCGAUUCAGCCAUCACUCGGCACUCGAUCGCGGAUCAUCGUGCAGGACGACUAUAUUCCUCCAUGCUGGGACGAGCUGGAUACCACGUCGGAUGACGAGGGAUACUGGCAUUGCUUAACACGGAUAGUUCACCUACCGAAAGACACAAAGCAAUGUGUGCAAAGCACAGCGAAUACCUUUCUGCGGGUUGAUCAUACGCUGAAUAUCCAAAUCCGGCUUUUGAAUCCGGGUGGGAAUGAGUCUGCAAUCAACCUCACAUGGCCGAUCUCUAUACAUCUUCCUUUACCGCCAUCGCUGGGGGAUGGGUAUAUCUCGUCAAUGCUGGAAUCGCUUCGCAUGGUUGAUGAGACGCUGGAUCUUCCUCUGCCAAGUUAUCAUGAUCAUGUCCUGGACCGUACGCCGGAUGAGAUUCCUGCGGAGAGGGUUGGAGGAGAUACAAACGGUCAAGAUGAGCCCCCGGAUUAUCUGAGUUGUGGGGUGUUGGUGGAGACUCCGAGUUAUUCGACGGCUGUUAGGUCGGGGGCGUCGAGUCCGGUGUGUUUUUAUGGGUAUGAUUGA